AUGGGUGCCAGCUAUGUAGAUGCCCAUAGGAGGCAAUUUUUGAACUUAACUCAGAGAGAUAGGACAGUAGCUGAGUAUGAGGCUAAAUUUUUACGGCUGAGUCGCUAUGCACGGGGGAUGGUGGCAACAGAAUAUGAGCGGUGUGUCCGAUUUGAGGAUGGCCGUAGAGACGGUCUAAGGGUUCUGAUAGCUCCUCAGAGGGAGUUAGAUUUCGCAGCACUGGUUGACAAGGCUAAAAUCGCCGAGCAUGUUACAUGUGCUGAGUGUCAGGGCAGAGAUAGAGGUAGAGGUAAGAGGGAUACUGAGCCCUUGAAUUCUUUUCAGAGGUUUAAGAAAAAGCCCAGAGCUGAUGGGCCAGUCAGAUUUAGAGCCCCUGUUGUUGCUGCUACUAGAUCACAGUUUUGUGCUGAUCGUGGAAAAUGCCAACAGGGCGAAUGUUGGAGGAUAUUAGGUGCAUGUCUGAGAUGUAGAUCGUUGGAGCACUGUGUUAAGGAUCGUCCAUGGAGGCCCAAGCAGAUGUCUACACAUUCAUAUAUAACAUGCUCUGUAUCUGAAACAUUGGGUAUAAUAGCUGAAGAUACAAUGAUUGAGAUCACUGUUCUAAAUCCAUUGGGGCAAUCUGUUCAGAUAAAUAAGAUGUUUAGAGAUGUUCCCUUGGAGAUACAUGGAGGCAUGGAUUGGUUAUUCAAACAUCGGGUAAGCUUGGACUAUGCUAGUAAAUGGGUUGUACUGAGAACUGAGGCAGAUGAGGAGGAUAUCAGGACUGUUAAGUAUUUUUCGGACGUCUUUCCUGAAGAAUUACUGGGAUUACCUCUAGAAUGGGAAGUGGAGUUUGGGACUGAGUUCCUUCCUGGUACAGCUCCAGUGUCCAUCACCCCUUACAGAAUGACACUGAAGGAGCUGGUGGAGCUUAAGGCCCAGAUUCAAGAGUUAUUGGACCUGGUAUUUAUCGACGACAUACUGGUGUAUUCAAGGAAUGAUGAUGAACAUGAUGAACAUCUCUGGGUAGUUCUGCAAACCUUGAGAGAGCAGCAACUGUACGCCAAGUUCAGCAAGAGUGAAUUUUGGCUACGUGAAGUUGAUCCUCGAAAAAUUGAGGCUGUGGUGGAUUGGAAGCAGCAUAGGACUGUGUUGAAAAUUUACAAUGAUUUGCAACAAGAGAGCUUUGAGAAGCUCAAGAAAGUUUUGAUUGAAGCUCCUGUUUUGAUUCAACCAGACUUAUUUGAUGAUGGUAGCUUGUUGGUUGAGCUCCAAGUUAAACUAGUGUGGGUUGAGCCGAUUAAGAGUAAACAGUUGGAAGAUGAGUCAUUGAGUCUUCGGUUUGUCAGACUUCAAUACUGCGUUCUAUCCUCAGACAAAUGGGCAAUCAGAGAGGGUGAUUCAGAUAAUGGAGAACAUGUUCAGGAGUUGUGUGAUUGA